AUGCAGGAAACAUUACUAGGAUGGAUAAUAUCUGGCGCGAUUCCCAUCAAUGACAAAAAACAACGCAAUAAUAAAUUAUAUUGUGGAUUAUCUACUAGCGCUUUACAGCAACAAUUAGAAAAAUUUUGGACGAUCGAGGAAGUUGAAGUCCCGCCACAUCGUUUGUCUAAAGAAAAACAGUGCGAAGAGCAUUUUAUUUCUACUCAUCGUAGAGAUACAGAUGGUCGUUUUAUAGUACAACUACCGCUAAAGGAUACAGCAGAAGAAUUAGGAGAAUCAUAUAUUAUUGCGGAAAAACGUUUUAAAGCAUUAGAAAGAAAGCUGGAAAGGCAAUCUGAAUUAAAGGCUCAGUAUCAUGAAUUCAUGGCGGAAUAUUUAAAGCUGCACCACAUGAGUGAAGUUCAGAUCGAAGAAAAACAUAAUAAGCCAGCUUACUAUAUUCCGCAUCAUGCUGUAACAAAAGAGGAUAGUACAACGACAAAACUAAGAGUCGUCUUCGACGCGUCAUGUAAAACAUCAUCUGGAAAAUCCUUGAAUGAUAUACUCAUGCUAGGGCCAAUUCUUCAAAAUAGUUUAUUUGAUAUUAUAAUUCGUCUAAGACAACAUAAAUAUGCCAUGGCAGCCGACAUUGCCAAAAUGUAUCGCCAGAUCGCAAAUUCAAACGUAUUUUAUGGAGAUGGGACAAGAAAGAUCCUGUACAAACAUUUGAACUCAAUACAGUUACUUAUGGAAGUCGCACAACAGAUGAUAUCUAAAUAUCAAAAUGCUGGUGAAACAAUACGAAGAGAUUUCUAUGUGGACGACCUAUUAACGGGAGCGGAUACAAUAGGGGAACUUAUACAACUGAAACAAGAGAUUAUACAUAUUUUAAGUUCUGGAAAAUUUGAAUUGAGAAAAUGGAUCUCCAAUCUUGCACAAAUCUGUGAUCAAUUUGACAAUGAAGAAAGACAAAUUACAUCGAACAAAUCGACGAAAAUUCUCGGCUUGUUAUGGAAUACUAAGACUGAUGCCUUUCAAUAUCAAAUAAAAUUAAAUAUUAGUAAGAAUAAAACAACUAAACGUAUUAUAUUAGCUAAUAUUGCACAGAUAUAUGAUCCGCUCGGAUUAUUAGACCCCAUAAUAGUACAAGCACCUAUUAAAAGAGUGUCAUUACCAAGACUGGAAUUAUGCGGCGCAGUUUUAUUGGCCAAUCUAGUUAGAAAUGUAUUACAAUCCUUGACAAUACAAAUACAUAAAGUAUAUUAUUGGACUGAUUCCACUAUAGUCCUUGCAUGGAUAGCACGAGAGCCUACACAUUGGAAAACAUUUGUAGCCAAUAGAGUGGCCGAGAUACAGCGUGAAACGAAGAACGCACAAUGGUAUCAUGUUCGGUCGGAAGAUAAUCCUGCGGAUCUAUUGUCGAGAGGAGUCAGUCCAGCAAAAUUAAAAGAGAAAAGAAUAUGGUGGGAAGGCCCACAAUUCUUACAGCAUAAUUCAGUAUUUGUACCAUUUAGUGCAGAAAACAUUCACGAAGACAUAGCAGAAAAACGCACAACUAACUUACUUGUUCUUAAAGAAGCGAAUGAAUAUAUGGCUAUCAUCGAACGAUUUUCGUCAUUAUCACGACUGAAGAGAGUUACUGCGUAUUGUCUACGUCUUGCGAAAAGGAGUGUUCAAAAUACAUCUCAACAAUCAAAAUUAUUAACCGUAGAGGAGUUAGAACAUGCCAUGAAAAGACUCAUCAAAGAUUGUCAAGAUCAUAGUUUUGCAGAAGAACUACAUAAUUUAAGCAAUAAAAAGCGGCUGCAAUCUAAAAGCAAAUUGUUAACAUUAAAUCCGUUUUUAGACGAGGAGGGCAUCAUUCGUGUGGGGGGAAGGUUGUGUAAUGCGACUAUAGAAUAUUCUCAAAAACAUCCCAUUAUUUUGCCUAGUAAACAUCACCUCACUACAUUAAUAAUUAGAGAUGCACAUUAUAAGAAUUUACACGCUGGAUCACAAGCGAUAUUAAUGAUGGUGCGUAAUAAUUAUUGA